AUGGAAAACCAGCAACAACAACAGCAGCAACAGCAGCAGCCACCUCUCCGGCGUGCACGAGCCGACACUAUGCCGACCUAUGUCGACAUUCAUGGGAACGGCAACAUUCCUUCCACCACCACAACAGCCAAUAGCAGCCAUCUCCAUUUACAAGCAACGCGGAAUCGGUCGGGAUCGACAGCGUCACUUUUUGCUGGAGUGACACCUUCACCUUAUUCACCCUAUGAGUCCGGUAGCUCUGUGGAUGAUAAUGCUUCGAGUACAGUGGCAAGCACGUUAGCAUCACUUGGCUUAGACGAUGAGAAUAAUCAUACUCCAACAUCGGAUGCAGCGACAGCAACAACUGCAACGACACGUAGUCGAUCGGGUUCAUCUUCUUAUUCACUUUUAUUGGAUACUUUGUCGGAUGAUUUGAAGCGGAACCGUGCAUACACCAUUGCUGCAGGUCGCCCACCAUUUCCUCAUCCUCAUCAUCAUCAGCAUCACCAUCCCCAUCAUCCACCACCACCACCUCAUCAUCCUUCUCAUCACCCUCAUCCUUCUGCUGUAUCAUUUACUCCUUUUGCUACAACCACAACCACUGCACAACAACAGCAGCAGCAGCAACAAAGACCAAGGGCUAUCAGUUUAGGAAUGAUGGAUGGUGGAAUAGAAAUGAUACCUGCUCCCGGAGACAAUGGCAGCAUAAACUUUUUCGAUAUGACCAGUAGUCAUCAUCAUCAACCACCUCCAAUACCUAUGACUGCAUUACAAGCACGACUCCAACAACAGCAUCAACAACAGCAACUCCAACAACGAGCAUUGAGAGGAUCACGUAGCAGUGGUAAUUUGCCUGAACUCGGAGGAGGUGGUGGAGGAGGAGGCACAUCUCGGGGGUUUAGUCGCAUUGGUUCCCACAGUCAAUUGAGUGAACUUUCCGAAAUGACUGCCACAAAGGAUUUUUAUGCCCAACAGACAAGCAUCAUGGAGCCAUCUUCUUCUUCAUCUCCACCUUCUGCACCUGCACAAAUACCUUCACGUGCCUUAUGGCUGGGAAAUAUCAAUGCCUCUGUCAGCGUACCCGAUCUCAUUCGCAUGUUUUCGGACUAUGGUCAUGUUGAAAGUGCUCGUAUCCUAUCCGACAAAGAAUGUGCUUUUGUCAAUUUCAAUGACGUGGAGUCGGCCAUAGCUGCAAAGAAUGAUCUAGAAACAAGGUUGGGAAGCAUGCUAGCAGGAACACCUGUUCGUGUGGGAUAUGGCAAAGCGGAUGUCAACUUGGCUAUGGCACUUACCAAUGAAGCUGGUCCCAAUGCACAAGGUCCUACAAGAGCAUUAUGGGUGGGUAAUAUACCAGCCAACAUGAAUCCAGCAAUCCUUCGCGCCAUUUUCCAAUCCUUUGGUGCCAUUGAUUCGGUGCGUGUCUUGUCACACAAGAAUUGUGGUUUCGUCAACUUUGAGCAUCAAGAAGAUGCUGUUCGUGCACGCAAGUCUUUGCAAAACAAAGAAAUCCUUGGACCCGGCACCGGCACUGUACGUAUUGGAUUUGCAAAGGUGCCGUCAGCCAAUGAAGAAGGUGGUGGUAUCGGACAAGAUUGGAUGACAGGAACGGCUACUACCAAUGGUUCAGCACAACAACAAUCAUCCUCUUCAUCUUUGAAUGGUGCUAGUGGUGGUGGCAAUAGCCAUGCUAUGACUCCUGAAGCAUACCAAGCCACACAAUGGGCUACAGCCAUGAUGAUGUCUCGAUUAAUGAAGCAUACCAAUAAGGAGGAGCAAGAGGAUGAAGAAACACCUGAUUUACACAAGGCUAUGGUGACUGAACGUCGAUUUAUGAUGCAACAACUAGGUGCUCAUGACCUAACGGAGGAACAUGAACCUAUCAUUUACAGCACUGUUAUCCCUUCUGUUCCUGAGCCAAUGGUUGAACGUAAAGUGGACGUCAUGCGAUUACGCGAGAUGCGAAAGGUGUUGGAUUCUGGGUCCGUAUCGACUCAAGAAGCUGAGAGUUUGGCCAUGGAAUGUCGCGAUGAUAUUGUCGAGCUGUGUAGUGAUUAUAUCGGCAAUACUGUGGUGCAAAGGAUCUUUGAAUUUUGCAGUGAUGACACCAAACAAGAUUUACUGGAACGCAUUGCUCCCCAUUUGGCAUCGAUUGGUGUACACAAGAACGGCACUUGGGCUGCACAAAAGAUUAUUGAUCAUGCGUCAACACCUUCGCAAGUACAGCUUAUUCGUGAAAACAUUACAUCUUAUGUACCACUUCUGCUGCUGGAUCAAUUUGGCAAUUAUGUGGUGCAAUGUUGUCUCAACAUGGGCACUAGCCAGGACAAGUUUAUAUUCGAUGCCAUUGUAAGCAAGUGCUGGGAUAUUAGUCAAGGAAGGUUUGGUGCACGGGCCAUCCGUGCUAUUCUUGAAAAUCCGCUUGUGACCCGUGAUCAACAGAUUUAUGUGGCAUCUGCUAUUAUUCAAAACGCUGUGUUGCUGGCAACCAAUACCAAUGGCGUCUUGCUACUCUCAUGGUUUAUGGAUCAUCCGGAACUCCCCGGCAAGUUCCGUGUCCUGUGUCCACGCCUCUUACCGUUUUUGGCCAAGCUCUGUACCCACAAACUCGGAUCCACCGUUGUGCUAAAGGCUCUUCAGCAAGAUACCGAACCUGAAGCUCGUCAUUUGUUGUUCAAGACAUUAUUCCGAGAUGAUGUAUUGGAAGAAAUCUUGAUGGAUUUGGUGCAUGGUGUUGGGUUCAUUCAAAAAGUACUUGCCAUGUCAGGACUGCUGGAUGAUCGACAACGGGAAGAACUUGCUCAUCAGGUGAAGCAUGUGCUUGUGCAUCGUAUCAAGGCAACAACCCAACAUCCCCAAGGAUACAAAAAGUUGAUGGAUAUGGUCGAUGUCUUAUCACCAGACGCCGCUGCUGACACUACUACUACUACUACUACGGAGUCCGAUUCUCCUGUGAACGAUGCUAGUGAGCAAAAGGAUGACAAGGAAGAACACAAAUCGACAUCAUGGAUGCAAAAUCCACAAGCUGUAGCCAUGGUUGCCAACAUGUACGCCGCUGCCAUGACAACCGCUGCCACAACAGCCAUGCAACAACAGCCAUCAUCAUCAUCGUCGUCGUCCGGGGAGGAAAAUAAGCCUACAACAGCAACAACCGCACCCAUGGUCGACUUGGCUCAAUUUGAUCAACUACUCAAGAAACUUUUGCAGCAAGAACAGGGCAAUAACGAUGAUAACCAAUCAUGA